AAAUUGAAUACGAUCAAGACAUAUAACAGUAAUAAAUAUAUUAGUAGUUGGGAAAACAAAAACAAAACAAAAAAGUGUUUUUUUUUCUCUCUUCAGCUCGAUCGAGAUCACAGCGUUUUCUUCUCCGGCGCAAUCAUGACAACUUCAAAGAGACUGGCGGACAGGAAGAUAGAGAAGUUUGACAAGAACAUUACUAAAAGAGGUUUUGUUCCUGAGACCACCACCAAGAAGGGCAAGGACUACCCUGUCGGACCCAUCCUCCUCGGUUUCUUUGUCUUCGUUGUCAUUGGCUCUUCUCUCUUCCAGAUCAUCAGGACUGCGACCAGCGGAGGCAUGGCAUAAACCGAAUCACCAUUCAAGCUAAGAGGAAGCAGUUUUCAUUAUGAAUUUCUCUUCUUCUGUCUUGUCUCUUUUUCCCUUUGUACUGUACAAUGUGUCAACUUUCUGUUUUUCUGUUUUACCACAGUACUAAUGUUAUGCAGAACAGAAUGUUUUCUUUAAGUUAUUAUAUAUCCAACGUUAAAUGUUUUCUUAAA